UUAUGUUGGCUGGGUGUGUGGAGUGCUGUGGGCCCAGUGAAGUGUACCAUCCCAUACGAUAGGACACAUCAAAUGGAUCAUUCACAUGUACCCUAUUGUGCUUUUCAAAUCCAAAUUCGCCCUUCUCAUAAGUCAUAACAUGCCAUGCUCUACAAGAAGAGAACCCCCCCUGCAAAAGAAAUGAUGAGCACAGACCACGAGACAAAUUAUUAUAAUUCAGAAUUUACUUAUACUGAAGAAACUCAAAACAAGUUAGGAUCUUCAGAGUUCACAAGCCAAAAAAAAAAUAAAAAAAAAAAUGUUAGAUUUCAGGGAAAUAUAUUAAACUUCCAUAUACUUUAUUUUUAUUUUUAUUUAUGUCUAAAAUAUUUCAGAAGCUUUUAUUUGUUUUUUUUUUUUUUUUUUUUUUUUAAAAAGGAAAGAAAGAAAAACCCCGAUCUAAUAAAUACAUUUCAAUCGACCCCUUAUAAGUUUCCAACCGUUCAGUCUCUUUUAGUUUUUUGACUUGUCAUUUGCUGUCCUUACAGCAACCAUUAGCAGCUUCACACAAAACAGGUCGCCCAACUCUGUUCGACACUGGUCCUCACCGAAAAUUGACCUCCUCCGCCGCGUCAUAGCCGGUUUAUGAGCUCAACCCAACAAUGGGCUUCUGAAUUUGAUGGAUUUUUUGCUUUAAAACUCAUUGAGUUCAGAGGUGCAAUCUUUGGUAAAUAAAGAGUCAAAUGGGUUGCUGUGUUAGCACAGAAAAGUCUUCACCUCCAUGUCCUCAAAAGGACCAGCAUUCUUUGGUGGGUACACAGAGAUCAAGAUCCGAUCCCAUGGAGAGCAGAGCUCCUCCUCCUUCAGCGGAGGAAGAGACUGUGAAAGAAGUACUCUCGGAAACUCCCAGACCCAAACCACCACCGCCAUUGCCAUUACCACUACCACUACAACACAUACCCAUUGUCAAGCCGGAAGAGCAGGACUAUGAAGACGAUGAAAAGCGAAGCGGCCACAAACCAGUGUUUCACAAAAUCUCAGAAGACGACCAACAGAAAGAGAAGAUGGUGCCCAUUAACAGUACGGUCGAAGAGGUGUCGGAGAUGUCCGAAAUUUGCAGCUUGAGCGAGAGCGUUUCCACAACCACCGUUACCAGAGAAGACGAUGAAGAAGUCCGGCAAAGGGUCAACAGAUCUCCGAUGAAGCUGCCCAAGAACCGGACGUUUUCUGGGGAUUUCGGCGCAAGGAGAGAGAGAGUGAUCGGCAAGUCUCCGACGGGUAGAUCCGAUCAAUCACCGGGACGAAGAAACGGAAAUGGUGUUGGGUCGGUGAGGUCGGUCCAGAACAGAGAACCGGGUCGACCUAUGGCAAGGCGAGCCUUGAGGACCGAACCUCAUGGACGGGAACCGGGCGAGAGCUCCGCCCGGAGGUCAAGAUCUCCUGCCGUCACCCGCACUGAAGGCGGGUCAACUAGAUCUGCAGUGGGUCGGAGCCUAUCGGCGAGGAGAUCCGGAAGGUCACCGGGUCGGGCGGCGAAGGUUCCGGUUGAGAAUACUAGAAGGGCAACAGAUGAGCCGAGCAUGGAGGGUAAGUGGGACCAAACAAGCGGCGAGUCCCUUGAGAACCCACUUGUUUCGUUGGAAUGCUUCAUCUUUCUGUAAAACAUUUCCGGCUGGUGUGGUCGGCCGGUUUUACUGUGGCUCACUUUUAGGUUAUUUAAUAAUUAAUUGAUUAAAAUUUCUAUUUUUGGGGGGACCCUUUUGAAUGUAAAGUUAUUUAGUAUAUGAGAAAGGUCAAUGAGUGGAUUUGGGAAAGAUUUUGUGUUGUGGUAAAGAAAAAAGUGUUGCAGAUUUUACCCAGAGUUGUCACUGUUUGGAUACCCGAAUACGCAAUGCCAUUUAUUGACCUCUGUUCUGCUCAGCUGUCUCUUUUACUGUAAGUGGUCCUUUUUGGUAAUAUACACCAAGUAUUCUAUACAUUUUAA